CAUAGUUCCGGCCUGUCAAUCAAAUGCUUUUUAUCAGCCAAUCAGAUCGUUACGCAUAAUUAGGCACAGAGACACUUCGAUCGGCGGCCAUGUUGUCCCACAAAUAAACUUGUGGGAAGUCUGUAAGGCAGACCAAACUUUUGGGCGAAAUGGUUUUGCGAUGCGCUUGGGGGACCUGUAAUGUUGAUGAGAGGUACCCAGAGAGGUUAGAGAAUGGUGUAAAGCUUAUUUUGUUCCCCAAACCUAAGACUAAUCUGGAGAAAUGCCUUCGUUGGAUCAAGGCAUGCGGGCGCCCACACGACCAGCUGAACGUCCAGCGGAUAAAUAAACAUAAAGCAGUUUGUUCAAAGCAUUUCGUUGGAGGUAAUGGACCAACUGUGCAGUUUCCAGAUCCAAUACCAGCUGAUGGCUCAGUUCUUCGGCCAACAAGACUACCUCUCAAACGAAAUUAUUCUGAAAAUCACACAGUGUCAUCAAAGAAGAGAAUUCUAAGUACCGUGGAUGGAGAAGGCAGUGUGGAUUCAAUUCCAAUGGAGAAUGAAGUUCCAAUCAAAAUUAACAACAGUAGCAACAUUGCUGUACAAACAGAAGAACCUUGUAAGCAAAAUGUUUCUCUAUUUUAUUCAGUAUUGUACAUUUUGAUUUGCAAGAAAUGGUUUUGCAUAGGUUUUGAAGAAAACACAUAAUUUUUUAAGCAUAGUGGCCAUGAAUGGCAGG